AUGACCCUUUCCUGUUUCCUACACUUGGAUUUGUUGUGGAAAGAUAUUGGGAGAUACAAGCACAUGAACCAAAAGAGUUUUGGGCAAUCAAUUUCUCUCAUAGAUCAGAUGAAGGCACUGCUAAUUUCAGUUGGGGACGUGAGCAUUGGUACAAAUUCUACAAUGCAUGAUCACAUCAAGAAGCUUCUUGAACGGUUUUAUGCAACUAAGGAUGCUAACAUGCGUUUCACACCAACUAAUUUGGGUGAGGCACUUGUUAUGGGAUAUGAUGACAUGGGGUAUAAACUAUGGAAACCAUAUCUGAGAGCAGUUAUGGAACGCGACAUGAAAUUGGUCAGUGAAGGGAAUAAAAGCAAAGGUGAAGUCCUGCAUACUAGCUUGCAGCAGAUGAGAGCUUGUUUCACAGUGGAGUUUAAAGGUUUUUCUUUGUGA